UAUGCUUUGUGUGUUAUGUGGUUUUGUGCAUACGUGUGUGUGUGUGUUUGUGUGGGCGAUAGAGUGGCACCUCCUGCUUUCAAACAGAUGAGUGCACACACACAAAAGUUGACGAACAUGUUCCGCACACACAAAGGGGACGCUCCAGAGGGAGGAAUGACAUGCCUUGGGGGAGGUCCAGCGAGGGGGGAGCAGAGCAUCCAUCACCUGAGCGAGAACAAGCCAGAUGCUGCCGGACCUCUCCACGGUGGCCGUCUUUGCUGAGCGCGUCGGCGUCCACGGCGUGAAAGCUCGGCCGUCCAAUUUGGCUGGAGGGUGUCAGCAUGGCGGCGGGGGCCUGGCUGCCGCUGGCUCGUGCGGCGGCGGUGGCUUGGAUGCCCGUGGCCAACGCGCCCAUGCCGGCGCUUCCGCCGGAAGGACGGCGCGGCAAAGACAACGUCCUCAUCCUCAACGUGAGCGGAAGUCGAUUCCAGACGUGGCGGGAUACUCUGGAGCGCUACCCGGACACGCUUCUGGGAAGCUCCGAGAAGGACUUCUUCUUCCGGCAGGAGAGCGACGAGUUCUUCUUUGACCGCGAUCCGGACUUGUUCCGCCACAUCCUGAACUUCUACCAGACGGGGAAGCUGCACUUCCCGCGUCACGAGUGCAUCGCCGCCUUCGACGAGGAGCUCACCUUCUUCGGUAUCGUGCCCGAAGUGAUCGGGGACUGCUGCUACGAGGACUACAAGGACCGGCGGAAGGAGAACCAGGAGCGGCUCCAGGACGACGAGGAGACGGAUCCGAGCAACGAGCCCGCGCCGGCGGAUUUGAACUGGCGAGAGUCCCUGUGGCGAGCCUUUGAGAACCCGCACACGUCCACCAUGGCGCUGGUAUUCUACUACGUCACGGGGUUCUUCAUCGCCGUGUCGGUCCUCGCCAACGUUCUGGAGACGGUCCCGUGCGGGGCGAGACUGGGAUCGGCCAGGUCCACGUCGUGCGGCGAGCGCUACGCCUUGGCCUUCUUCUGCAUGGACACGGCCUGCGUGCUGAUCUUCACGCUGGAGUACGUCCUGCGCCUGGUGGCGGCGCCCAGCCGCUUCAAGUUUGUCAAGAGCGUCAUGUCGCUCAUCGACGUGGUGGCCAUCAUGCCGUACUACAUCGGCCUGGUCAUGCCCGAGAACGAAGACGUCAGCGGCGCCUUUGUCACGCUUCGAGUCUUCCGCGUCUUCCGGAUCUUCAAGUUCUCGCGCCACUCGGCCGGUCUCCGCAUCCUGGGCUACACGCUGCAGAGUUGCGCCUCCGAGCUGGGCUUCCUGCUCUUCUCGCUCACCAUGGCCAUCAUCAUCUUCGCCACCGUCAUGUUCUACGCAGAGAAGAGCUCCAAGGGCUCGGCCUUCACCUCCAUCCCCGCCGCCUUCUGGUACACCAUCGUCACCAUGACCACGCUCGGGUACGGCGACAUGGUUCCGAAAACCAUCAUGGGCAAGAUCGUGGGCUCCAUCUGUUCGCUGAGCGGCGUGCUGGUCAUCGCCCUUCCCGUGCCGGUCAUCGUGUCCAACUUCAGCCGCAUCUACCACCAGAGCCAGCGAGCUGAGAAGAGGCGCGCGCAGAAGGCGUCCAAGGAGGCAGGCCGGGCGCUGCUGGACAAAGCCAACGCCGGCGCCAACAUGGCGGCGCAUCAUCACCACUUGCUGCACUGCCUUGAGAAAACCACGAGCUUGCAAUUUGUGGAGCAAGCUUCGGUGGAGUGGAGCUGCUCCGAGGAGGCCUUGUUGAAGCGGGCCCGGUCUCGCUCGUCCUCUUUCUCGUCUACCUCGCCGCCAGCUUUAACUUCCUGCUGCGUCCGGACCAAACGGAGCCACUGGGACCAGCGCGAGUCGGACGCCGCUCCAGCUUCGCAACGAGCGCUGACUCGCUCCAGCUUGAACGCCAUCUUGGAGGAAGCCGUCCCGCUAAACUACAAAGGCCCGGCGGCCGCCUUCGCUGACGCACAGUCGUCCGGCACCCGAGGCGACCUUCGGCACACCUCCGACAAUGUUUCGGAGCUCUGACGCAAGCCGGACGACGGGGGAGAAAAUUCCCGUUGGUGGUGUAAUGUUCCAGGUAUGCUCCGUUGUUCAGGUGCUUUUUUGACAUGCUAAGCUUGCUGCUAGCCUCAUUCAGGAUAGGAACUCCUCAGGUUGAUUGACGUUUUAAAACACUUUAUUGAUAGGAUUUGUUGAUUUAUUCGCAUGACACGUUUGUGGAAAACUAUUUAAGUGUUUAUUCAACAUCCUUCAUAUUGCCUACACA